GCUUGCACUGCUGCUUGACGCUUGGCGCUCUCUAGAGCUGCAGAGGUGUGGCACGUAUGGAACGAUCCAAGCGAGUACGCCAGCCGACAGCCCGUGCCGAGGAGGCUGCGGCCGCAAAGGCGCGGAAGCAAGCGCAUCACAGCCGGCCUGUUUCGGCCGAUCCGGCCUCCGCCAAGCCGCCCACCACGCCAGCAGCCGUCAUCUGGCCGGGCGGGAGCAGGUGGCGGCCGGGCACGGCCAACUGGGGCACUCGGAGCCCGCUGGCACAUGGCUGUGGCAAGUGUCGCUGGAAUGUUCUCGGAUGUCGCGGCUGCAUCGCCGCUGCCGCCGACUACGUGGCGCCCGCACCGCACGCCUUUGCGCCCGGUAGAGUGAGGCUGCCGGUUGCGGGCAUCGACGCCGACUGCGACGCCGGCGGCGACCGCGACGACCGGAUCCGCGGAGUGCAGGCGCUGUUGGAUAGUGUGGCCGUGCAGUCAGACGGCGUGGCCGAUUUAGACGGGUUCGGCGUCGUCGCCGUGCAUCCAAUCUCGCGCGGCACGCUGCUGCGCGAUCCGUCCGUCGUCUUUGUGCCUCGGCCCUCUGCGUACGCCGUCGCGCACCUUCCGCCGUACCACGCGCUCGAGCUCGGCAAGCAGAGCUACCUCCGGCUGCGAGAGCCGGCAUUCGGCCACGUCUCGCUCACCUACUUUGUCAACGAGGCCGGCCACGGCGGCCUGGCAGGCCCGCCCGCCAACGUGCGGUACAGGGUGUACCGACCGCGAGGAGGCGGCGCCGCGUACGGCUGCGGGCUCGAGGCGCUGUCCGACAUCGCGGCGGGCGAGGAGCUGCUGGCGCGGUACGACCAGACGCUGAGGGAGUGAUCUACCGAGUCUCAGUGCAGGGCUGGCUGCUGGCCCAGGUCGGCUGCGUGGUACGGGAUACUCAUUACUGAUUACUGUGGCGCGUUGUGGUGUCGCUCCAGUUCAACUCGGCAGUUCUCGCGCGCGCUGUGUCCGUCUCGCGGAGAGAGACACCCGACUGCCGACACCGGGGUGUAGGCCGUAGCCGAGACGCGAGAGAGGCCGCAGAGGGAGCGAGCGGCGCGAAGUACCCUGUGAAGUACCUCUCGUUUUACGACUCUCUCGUGCG